AAUGAACUAUCACAUUGACUGUAAAUUUGAUUAGAAUAUGCUUUAAUUCCUAAUCUGUUCCAGGAUUGUAGAACGCAACCUUCCUACCGCCCCUUAAAAUGUCCAAAUUACCAGAAACUUUACUGAGAGCCUUGGUAUUGUCCGGCCCAGCAGAUAAUGUAGUGUGUGACUAUUGUGCAAACAAAAGCAAUACAUAUUUGUUGAUGCAAAGCCCAUCCGACAUCUAAGAGUUUUUUUUAUAGAUAGAGAUAUAAAAGAAGAAAAUGUCUAUUUCAAGAAACAAAUCAAAUGGUUGAUUUGCAAUAAUGACGAAGCCAAAAACACAAGAGUUAACUGCAAUGUUAGUAUGAUCAGGCACACCUUCACACCUUCUGCCUGAAUGCGGGGAACCUAAAGGAUGCUUACAAGGCAAAACCGUCUAAAAGAUAAGGUAAAAAAACAACACUGCUGGUCUGACACAUCAGCAAUCACAGAGGAAGAGCUCAGUCCAGUUUUCCACUGUGGGAAGUUGUUCAAACUCAGACAGUACUCUAUAUUUAACACAUCUUGAGACUUUUUAAUCUCUACUACUUGAGAACCAGCCGUCACCAUGGAGUACAGGACGGUAGUGAUGUACGUGGAGAUCGGCUGCUUUGUGUCCAGCCUGUUUGGCUGGAUCCUGGUAUGUUCCACCCUUCCCACAGAGUACUGGACUUUCUCCGAGGUGAGCAAUGUCGUGCUCACCACAGGCAACUUCUACUACAACCUGUGGAAGGACUGCGUCUCAGACACCACAGGGAUGUCUGACUGUAAGGAAUACCCUUCCAUGCUGGCCCUGCCUGCGUUCCUACACGCCUGCCGAGCGCUCGCUGUCUGCACUGUUAUCACUGGUUUCUUUGGAGGCGUCCUCACACUUAUAGGGAUGAAAUGCACUAAAAUAGGCGGAUCAGAGAUUACCAAUACGAGGGUGACCUUUGCAGGCGGUAUAACCUACCUGGUAUCAGGAUUCUGUGGUAUGAUCACCUACUCAUGGUGGGCUAACCAAAUCAUAACAGAAUUCUUGGAUCCCAAUUACUUACCACAGAAAUUUGAACUUGGAGCUGCAAUUUUCAUUGGCUGGGGUGGCUCCAUCCUUCUCCUCUGUGGAGGGACAGUGUUGUCUUACUUGUCUGGAAAAGGUUUACCAUCAAGUAAUGUCAAGAGUUCUACAGAAAGGUCACGCAGAGCAGCCACUUACGCCUCUGCCCAGACCAGACGGACCUACAUGCUGCCGGCCACGGCGUCCAGAGUGACUCUUGUGCCGCCGAUGUUUUAUGAAGGCAGGAAGAGCCAAGCAAGCAUUGCAACCAGUGCAACAAGGAAAGCCAGUGUCACCUUCAACAGGGACAGCUUCGUCUGAGCCAGAGGGGACUUCUGAGCUAGUGAAGUUACUUUAAAGAUUUGAAAAUCUACUGUGUCUAUGACUGGUAUCAGUCUUCUAAUCAAACUCAUGGCAAGCACGAACACAAGUCAAAAAUUUCCUUUAGAGAUGGGCCGAUACCAUUUUUUGCUUCCCAAUACCGAUUCUGAUACCUUAACAUUCGUAUUGACCAAUACCAAGUACUGAUCUGAUACCAGUGUGUCAUAUAUUUUAACAAUCGUAUACUACUAUCCCUGUAUGGAUGUUAUAGGAUUUCUAUCUUUAUUGGCGGUCUGGCUCAGGUUAAACU